CCGCAUCCACGACAAGCGACAAGACAAUCCCUUUCUUCCCACACAUGGUGGUCGCACACAGAGUCACAGUCAGAGCCGCCGACGCCCUUCUCCUCUUUCUCUCCUUGUUUCGUGUGUGAAGGAGACGCAUCACACGUAAAGCCCAGCCUGUUGUUGAGGUCACCAAAGAGUUACCGACACGAGCAACUUUUGUUCUUCUCUUGCUCUGUGCAUCGUCGUCCUUCGCGUCGCCCUUGCUCGCUUUCCGUGUCCUUUUGUCUUGUGUUGUUUUGUUUUGGUGUGUCAUCCGUCCACCUCCACCUUUCCUCCCUGUCGUCCAUUUUCUUUUGCUUGCGAUUUCGCCCGACUCGUGCAGCUUGUGACCAGCACGCCCAUGACAGAGCUGGUGCAGUCGUCGUGGUCGCGAGAUCUGGAAGACCUUGAACACAUGAGCCAAGAUGGCGAAGAUGGCGGCGCAUCCAGCCGCCAUUCUGACGAACACCUCAAAUCCCUCAUCCGUGCAGGCAAGUGGGAAGAGCUGGAGCACGUGCUUGCCAAGGACACGGAGCGCCAGUUGCGCGACUACGAAUACGACGGCGUGUACUGGUGGAUCCCCGCGCCGCUGACGCUGCUAUCGCGGCUGUGGUUCCUUUGGACGCCGCUGCAGUUUGCCAGCAUGUACGACCGCACUGGUCGCUCCACACGCCUCCUGCUCAAGUACGGGUGUGACCCAAACGCGGCAUCAACCAUGCAGACCACGCCCCUGCAUCUCGCCGUCUACUACAACCACGUGGACGUCGUGCGCGUGCUGCUGGACCACACCGUCAGCGUGAACGUUCGCGACAAGUACGGCAAGACACCGCGCACAUACGCGCGCACGCGGGAGAUGCGUGAUCUCCUGCAGCAGGCCACUCGCCGCUCCCACGCGGAGGUGGAGAUAGGUGACAUGUUCCAGAUGAUUGAGUGUGUGCGCAGCCCGCACAUGUCCGUGACGGAGAACGACCCCGCCUUCCAUCGCGUGUUCAGCGAGACGGACGCGGCACACGAGGAUGCACUCGUGCCUGCAGGCAGACAGCGGCGUGCAACACUCCCAGCACCACCGCAACAUCACACCGGUAAUGGCAACACCAACGGCAAUCGUCGCAACACAGCGCACCAGCAGCACAACAAUGGUGAUGGUGUGCAGAUGCACAGAAGUGGCAGCGACGCGUCUGGCCUGACACGGGCGCUGGGAGCGGUCAAGCGCAUGAUGCCACACGCAGCAUGUGGUGGCGGUGGCAGUGACACGCUCUCCGAGGAUGAAGAAGAGGACUGCUACGCUGUCGCCGGCCGUGGCCGUGGUGGUGAUGGUGGCAUGCAUGAUGGCAAGCACGGUGAUUACAGCCACCGCAAUCACCACGAUGAUCAUCAGCGGCAACAGCAGCGGCAUAUGCCGUCGUAUCAUCACUUUCAGGACAGAGCAAAGGCGCAGGAAGCAGCUGCAUGUGGUGGCGGCGGUGUGCAUGUGCACGUGAGCGAUGGUGAUGUGGAUCACAUGCACAGGGCACAAACACCGCCACCGCCCUAUGAACACGUUGAGCACGAGAAACAGCAGCAGCAGCAAGCGACUGGACAAAGUGGUGAUGGUGAUGAUGGUGGCAGUGAUGUGAUGGCUGAGAGGAUGGCAUCAAUGGCGGUGUUGUUGGAGUUUUCGCUCAUCGAAAGCACGCACAUUCAGCUGCAGAAGAAGAUUGGACAUGGUGGCUUUGGCGAGGUGUUUAAGGGGGUGUGGCGUGGCAGCACGGAAGUUGCUGUGAAAGUCCUCGGGCAGGAGUCACACUCCUCCCUCCACAUCACAAACGACAAGCUCGUCGCAGAGAUCAAGGUGCUGAGCACGAUUGACCACCCCUGCCUCAUCCAUUUCCACGGCGCAGCGUUUGUCGAGGACCACCUGUGGUUGUGCAUGGAGUAUGCGACGGACGGGUCGCUGUUCACCUUUCUGCACUGCACCAACAAGCCCUACUCCCUCGCCUCUGUCACCAAGUGGUCGCUCGGUGUCGCUGAAGGCAUGCUGUAUCUUCACCAGCACGGCCUCAUUCAUCGCGACCUCAAAUCACCAAACGUGCUCCUCACUCGAAACGCAAUGACAUUCUCAGCUAGGCACGUAUCGUCGCGUAUUCCAAAUCACGGUCACAGCUUUGUCCUGGUUUGA